AUGGCGCCCAAAACUCUGAGAGUGACCCGUAACCCGGAAUUGAUCCGUGGUGUCCGGAAGCACUCGCGUUCCCAGAUGUACCACAAGAGGGGACUCUGGGCUAUCAAGGCCAAGAACGGAGGCAAAUUCCCAACCCACGAAAAGAAAUCUGUAGCAGCUGAGCCAGCCGCCGAGAAGGCUCCCAAAUUCUACCCUGCCGAUGAUGUCAAGAAGCCGCUUUCCAACAAGCGCAAGCACAAACCCACAAAGCUUAGAGCAAGCAUCACUCCAGGGACAGUGUUGAUUAUAUUGACUGGAAGAUUUAAGGGGAAGCGCGUGCUUUUUUUGAAGCAGCUGGCUUCUGGAUUGUUGCUUGUUACUGGACCAUUCAAGAUCAAUGGUGUUCCUCUAAGACGUGUCAACCAGGCCUAUGUUGUUGCUACUUCAACAAAGGUUGACAUCUCUGGGGUGGCUCUGGAGAAGUACGAUGACAAGUACUUCGCUAAGCAAGCUGAGAAAAAGAAGAAGAAGGGCGAGUCAGAAUUCUUUGAGGCAGAAAAAAAGGAGAAGAAUGUGCUCCCAGCAGAGAAGAAAGAUGACCAGAAAGCUGUUGAUUCAGCUUUAUUAAAAGCUAUCGAGUGUGUUCCAGAAUUGAAGUUCUAUUUGGGUGCAAGAUUCUCUCUAAAGGCUGGAAUGAAACCUCAUGAGCUCGUCUUUUAG